GUGUAUAAGCUGCAAGCGCGACUAUACUAUAUCAUCUAUCGCACAACAAUCGGUCGUAAAAGGCAAUAAAAUUCGGUUUGCUUUUCGUUCGGAACAGUUAAAAUGCAAGCAUUUGCAUUGUCAGCGAUCGAUUCACUGCCAAUUGCUGGGCAAUAAAUGAGAAAUGCAAUUAUUGCGGCACAUGCAAUAAAUCAGAUCCUAAUAUUAAAUGGACGAUAUUUAACGAGUAACGAUUUUUAAAUAUACACUGACAACAAAUCAAAAUAAACAUGAAGCUCAUAUGCUGUGGCAACAAAGGAACUAUGGCGGUGAAUGAUAACGGCAGUCCAAUGGAAACCAAAAAGGAUGUGGAAGCAGAGGGCGCAAAAUAUGGACUGGGUGUACGACACCUGCAAACUUUCCUUCUUUUCCUUGCCCUAACUGUGGCAUAUGCACAGCGAGUAAAUUUAUCCGUGGCUGUUGUGGCCAUGACAGAUGGAGAGAUUAAUUCCAACUUCCCUGAAUACCAUUGGCCGGAGAAGACUAAAUCCUUGUUGCUGAGCAGCUUCUUUUGGGGUUAUGUUCUGACCCAGGUGCCAUCGGGUCAACUGGCUCGCAAAUUUGGUGGCAAGAUAACGCUGUUCACUGGCCUGGCCAUCUGCUCCGUGCUAAACUUACUGACGCCUCUGUGCGCAUUAUGGGGCGGUUGGGAAGUGGUAUCUGCCCUUCGUGUCAUGGAGGGCUUAUGCCAAGGAGUUGUCUUCCCAUCAGUUCACACGUUAAUCUCCGCUUGGGUUCCGCCCAAUGAGCGACCGGUGCUAGGCACCUGUGCUUAUACGGGCAACCAGUUCGGAACCAUUGUCAUGCUGGCCACAAGUGGACUACUCGCGGCCUCACCGGCUGGUUGGCCCAGCAUCUUUUACAUUUCUGGAGGCGUUGGUUGCCUUUGGUCCAUCGUCUAUUUCAUAUGGGGAGCCAGUUCGCCGGCUACUUACAAGAGAAUCUCAGUUGAGGAGCGCAAAAUGAUAGAGAUGGCGCAGGCGACUGAGGCGGUCUCCGAACAGCCCAAGGAAAAGAUGCACACACCUUGGCUUAGUUUCUUCACCUCGCCACCUUUUUUGGCACUCAUUGCCGCGCACAGUGCAAACAAUUGGGGAUUCUGGACGCUGCUCACCGAGAUACCCAGCUAUAUGAAGAAUGUCCUGAACAAGGACAUCAAAUCAAAUGCGCUGCUCUCGGCCCUGCCCUACUUUGCCAUGUUCUGCAUGUCCUUUGUAUUCUCCGCCAUCGCCAUGCAGCUGAACAAGCGCAACUGCAUCUCCACUGUGACCAGUCGCAAGCUCUUCAACACCAUCGGCUUGUGGGUACCUAUGUUGGCCUUGAUUGGCCUGGCCUAUGUGGGCAGUGAUCAGAGCAAUCUGGCUGUCAUUUUGCUGACGAUUACUGUAGGAUUCAACGGUUCCUGCUAUCUGGGCUUCCAAAUCAAUCACAUCGAUCUGUCGCCCAACUUUGCUGGCAUCCUGAUGGGCAUCACCAAUUGCGUGGGUAAUAUUAUGAGCAUCAUUGCACCACUCCUGGUCGGAUUUAUUGUAACCAAUGAACAUGAUGUGGAACAGUGGCGUAUUGUUUUCUUUAUUGCCGCCAUCAUUUAUCUGGUAGGCAAUGGUCUCUUCAUCAUCUUCGGUCGAGCCAAUGUGCAGAAGUGGAACGAUCCACCAGCCAAGCCCCGUCGGAACUCCACACCACAGGUGGAGUCUCAGCAUUAGUAGUAUAUUCUAGAGAUUUAGAGAGAUAAACAAUCGCUAGUCAUCUAGUUCACAUUACCGAGAAUUGGAUCAUUUAUUGGUCCAAGGUGAAACUUUAAAUCUAACUGUAAUUCGAGGCAAUGUAUUAUCACAUUGACCGGUCGAAAUAUCGUUUGUUUUGUAUUUGUAGAGUGUUCUAUAUGAUAUAUUUUAUAUGAAUUUGUUGUUUUAAGUUUAGUGAGUAGUGUUUAGAUAGGUCUUGUUGACAAAAAGAUACAAAACACAUUGUUUAACUAGUAAUAAAUUGUACAUUCAAAAUA